AUGCUCGGCAGCAAGACCAUCGAGAGUGCACUCUCCCUCCUCAAUCAGAACCCAUCCAAAACCCUAGGUCUGACUCUGGGCGCCCACCGCAACAUCCAACCGGGCCAAUACAUCCCCCGAGCAGACGCCCGCUCCGCCCCCGACCUCACCUUCCCCGUCCCCGACCCCAACCGCACGUACAUGGUCGUCAACCUAGACCUGGACGCCCCCUUCCCGGCAUUCAGCUUCCUAGGCCCGAUCCUGCACUGGUUCCAACCCGGUCUCCGUCCUGUCCCUACGACAACGACGACAACGUCGCCCACGGACGGGGCAACCUACGGCUUCGAGGUCACCGCCCCCUUCGUGGCGAACUACAUCGGGCCCGGCCCCCCGCCCGGUAGCGCACCGCAUCGCUACGUCUUCUUCCUGUACGAGCAGCCGGCCGGUUUCGACGUCGAGAAGUACGCGUCCUCGGAAGGGCAGAAGGUGGGACGCUGGCCGCGGGUGCGGUACGAUUGGGAUCAAUGGGUGCAGGAGGUGCAGUUGGGGGAGGUGGUGGCGGUGAAUUAUUUUACUAGUAAUUGA